AUGGGCUGUUCGGUCAAUUGGACAAUAUUGUAUCUCGGUUUAAUGGUUUGGGGUGGCGCAGUUCAAUGUCAGAACUGCGCGGGACAAACGAAUCAAGUUGACAAAAAUCGGGAUCCCAACACUGGUUCAUCAAGGUCUCAAUUGAUGAAUACGCUUUUAACAGUUGCUGCUGCAAAUGGAGUACUACCCGAUUUGCUACCAGUCAUCCAACCAUCACUAUCUGAAUCCAAGGAUACGCCGAAAACAUUGAAUUUGAUCCAAUUGUCACCGAACCGAUCUAAAGAGCCGGUAGUGACUGGGAAACCCCUAGCACCAAGUCUUCAACCCAUUGCAACACCAUUAAGAGCCUCGCGUUAUCCAUUUUACAAUACACCACUACAGAUGACAUUCACGCCUAGACUGACACCAUCCAAUGUGGUUCCAGCAUCUCAGGCUGUAGAAAGUCCAUACAAAGUUCAACCUAGCGCAGGUAUUCAAGCAAUACCCGCGACCUGGCAAGCGAACAGAUCAGAUUGGCUUCAGGAACCACCCAUGCCUGCAAAUCUGCAAAUCACUCCACCUGCAUUUAUAGCAAACGAGAGAAAAGAAGAAACUCCAGCUCAGUUUCCAAUUGAUUAUGAUUCUCUACCCGUGAACUUGCAAAUCAAUUUACCAUCUCAGAAUCCACCUCAAAUAACUGUGGUUUCAGCGUCUCCUAAUCGGGCCCCAGAGGUUUUACCAAAUCCUUAUCCAUACCACCCUCCCAUCAUUAUCGACAGAGGAGACUCUUUAAACUCCAUAUUGCCGAUAAUGUUGGUUGCCUUGAUAGCCAACGACAGAGAUAAUUGUGGGUGCAACUGUUGCUGUUCUUGCUCCAAGAAUGUGGUACCUAUACCAUACCCUAUUCCAUUCCCUGUAAACAGUCCUGUUGUAACAAACUCUAGAUCGGAUAAAUCUAGCAAUGAUGACGACAAAGAUAGAUAG